AUGGAGGUGGAACGGAUCAACUUCACCACUGAUGCGCGGCGGCAGCAAGAUGGGCUGCUUACUAUCACUGAGAUGCGUGCAAGACUCUCAGAGGACAGAUGCAACCAGAGGCGGUGGAAUCAAAUAAAACGACAAAUCCCAAUCGUUGACGCCAUGGACAUUGGCAUACUAGGCUGGGGCCAACCGCCCGAACGGAGACCCCGGCCACGCAGGCUGUUCUCACCCGCGAGGGACCGAUACGGAAUCCGAAAAAGACUGUAUGGCAUUGAUAGUAAACCGCAGCAAGAGUACCAGGGCAUCUUCUUGAGACGCAAUCACCCACCGCAAGCGUAUGAGCCCGAGUACCCCGACGGACCGCCGAUCGACGAAUAUUUUCUGAGGAGCGGUCGGACAAGAUGA